AUGCCUCAUCAUUAUAUUAAGGUUAAAUCAUCUUCGUGUGUUAAUGAUGAAAAUGGAAAUGAAAAUUUAAAGUUAAAGGAACUUCAGUCAUCAAUAUAUAACAUUGAAGUGGAUGAUGUACUAUCCAAAUUUUCAAAACACAUAAUAUUACUUCCACAAUCGGAUCAUGUACGUGUCUUGCAAACAGUUAUAAGGAAUAAAGAUACUCCAAGGAACGAAUUCUUAUUCAAUGCAGAUUGUCUAAUACGUUUAGUAGUUGAAGAAGGCUUAAAUCAACUUCCCUAUGAAAACGUGUGCGUUACGACCCCCACAGGACAUUCAUAUCAAGGUAUAAGUUUUCUUCGUGGAAAUUGUGGAGUAUCUGUUAUGCGAUCUGGUGAAGCGAUGGAACGUGGCCUAAGAGAUUGUUGUAGAUCUAUGCGUAUCGGAAAGAUAUUGAUACAAAAAGCCAAAGAAAACGAUGUUGAUGCUAAAGUAUAUUAUGCUAAAUUUCCACCGAAUAUUGAAAAUAGAAAGGUUCUAUUAAUGUAUCCUAUUUUAGGUACUGGAAUAACUGUUUUGAAAGCUCUGGAUGUUUUAAGAACUUAUAAUGUUCCUAUAGAAAAUGUAAUAUUGCUUACUUUAUUUGUAUCACCACAAAGUCUUAUCAAUGUUCUAACACGUAAUCCAGCAUUAAGAAUUGUUACGUCAGAAAUUCAUCCAGUUGUACCAAGUCAUUUUGGUCAACGUUAUUUUGGUACUUUUUAAUUUAAAUUAUGAUAUAUUGUAUUUUUUCUUUCUCUUUUCUUUCAUUGCAUUACUGUCCAAUCCUUUUAUCAUAUCAGGUUAUAUAACAACAUGAUAUGCUUUACUUCAAUCUAAACACCCCCCCCCAGAGUAAUAUCACAACUAAAACACAUAAAUCAAAUCACUUAUGUAACAUAUAUUGUAUUCUGUGCCACCCACGCACACACACACACCUCCUCCUUCUUUGUAUCAAUAUGGAUAUAUAUUCAAUGUCAUAGUGAUUAUUGAAUUGUUCUUUUUUUUAUUAUGCUCUAUUUCACAAUGAGAUCUUUUCUUUGUAUACAAUGCAUGUAAUGCCCUAAGUAUUAUUAUCUCUUAGUUAUCAUAUUGAAACAACAAGGUAAAUGAAC